ACACGAGAACGGUACCACAGAAGAAGAGUGGAAUAACAGAACUUGUUGGAAAGGGCAAACAUUCACUUGCUACUCGUCUGGGGAGUCUCUCAUGCGAAGGAAUGUAGCUUGUUUUUCAGUGAUAUUUCUCAGGCAGAAUUAGUGUCAUUUUGCGGACGGCCUGAUGGUGUCCUAUAAGCGGCUGAGCCCAGAGGAGGUGCACUUCUCUGGGUGCUCCUCGCUGGACGAGGCCCCUGGGGAGCCCCUGGCGGUGGGAGGAGCAGCGCAGGCGAGGAGAGGGGACGUGGAGGAGGAGGACGAGGAGAAGGCUGACGGUGAGGUGGAGGCUGAGCAGGAGCGCCCCCUGCUGUUACGAGUGGUGUCCUGCUCCAUCACCGGUGCCCUGCUCACGCUGGGGGGGCUGGUGCUGGCCGUCUGUGCCAUCUGGUUGCUAGGCACCAUCGUGUGGCUGAGGAGCCCGGCGGGUCCCCAGGGCCCCCACAGACCCCCCCCACCAGGAGCAGCACAGGACCUCUGCAGCAGCACGCCUCCAGAGUGGAGGUUUGACUGCUACCCUGAGAGAGAUGUGGUGGUGACUCAGGCCAUGUGCGAGAGUCGUAACUGCUGCUUCAUCUCCGUGGCGACGGCCUCCGGUAACCCCGGCGACGGCGUGCCCUGGUGCUUCUACCCGCCCGACUACCCGUCCUACUCGCUGGUUGCCCUUAACGACACGGAGACGGGCCAGCAGGGAACGCUCGUCCGCACACACUCCAGUUACUACGGCAACGAUGUGCAGACGCUGCGCAUAGAGGUGCUCCACGAGACCAGCCACAGACUACGCGUCCGGUUGGUUGAUCCUGUGGAGAAGCGCUAUGAGGUGCCCAUCGAGGUGCCUGUCGUAAAGGAGAAGGCCCCGAACCCCUCCUACAAGGUGGAGCUCAGGAAGGACCCCUUCGCCCUUCUCGUCACACGUGCAGACACUGGAGUCAUCCUGUUGAACACGUCGGUGUCUCCCCUGUUCUACGCGGAGCAGUUCCUGCAGUUCUCCACGGCGCUGGCGUCGCGCUACGUCUACGGACUCGGAGAACACCGCUCCAACUUCCUGCACAGCGUCCAGUGGAACACACUCACCAUGUGGGCCAGAGACGUCCCCCCCACGGAGUACACUAACUUGUAUGGUGUUCAUCCGUUCUAUCUGUGUUUGGAGUCUGAUGGAUCAGCACACGGAUUCUUCCUGCUCAACAGCAACGCCAUGGAUGUGGUUCUUCAGCCCGCCCCUGCAGUUACCUGGCGCACCAUUGGUGGGAUUCUGGACUUCUAUGUUUUCACUGGCCCAGACCCGAGCGCUGUGAUUGGGCAAUACCUGGAGGUUAUAGGUAAACCUGCGAUGCCAGUGUACUGGGCCUUGGGCAAUCACUUGUGUCGAUGGGGCUACAAAUCCAGCAAUGCAACCUGGGAUGUGGUCAAAACCAUGCGCAAUUAUGGGAUACCACAGGAUGUCCAGUGGAAUGACAUUGACUACAUGGACGGGACGCGGGACUUCACCUUUGACCCCGUGGCCUUUGCCACGCUGCCCGACCUUGUGAAGGACUUACACCGGCACGACCAGAAAUACGUCAUGAUCCUGGAUCCAGGUAUCAGCAGCACUCAGGCCUCUGGUUCCUAUUGGCCCUUUGACGAGGGUAUCAAAAGGGGCGUGUUCAUCAACGAUUCUGAUGGACACACACUCAUCGGCAAGGUGUGGCCUGGUCUGACUGCUUUCCCAGACUUCUCUGACCCGGUCACUCAGGAGUGGUGGUUCGAGAACCUACAGAAGUUCCACGCGCAAGUACCUUUUGACGGGCUGUGGAUCGAUAUGAACGAACCCUCCAACUUUGUGGAUGGCUCUCUGAAUGGCUGCCCAGAAACGCAGUUUGAUGCUCCGCCAUACACACCUGGUGUUCUUGGUGGGUUCCUCCGCUCUAAGACCAUAUGUGUGUCGGCACGUCAGAAACUCUCCUCACACUACAAUCUGCACAGCCUGUACGGCCUAAUGGAGGCAAAGGCAUCUUCAAGUGCGCUGGAGAGGAUUGUGGGUAAGCGUCCGCUGGUGAUCUCGCGCUCCACCUUCCCCAGCCAGGGACUCUAUUCUGGCCACUGGUUAGGAGACAACCGGAGCCAGUGGAAGGACCUGUACACCUCCAUAGCAGGCAUGUUGACCUUUAACCUCCUGGGCAUUCCGCUGGUGGGGGCCGACAUCUGCGGCUUCUCCGGUCAGACCAACGAGGAGCUGUGUGUGCGCUGGACACAGCUAGGAGCCUUCUACCCGUUCACACGCAAUCACAACGACAUGGACGCACAGGCCCAGGACCCCACGGUGUUCAGCCCGGCGGCUCGGACGGCCAUGAAGGAAGUUCUGCUGCUCCGCUACUCCCUCUUCCCCUUCCUGUACACACUCUUCCACCACGCACACGCCAGCGGACACACUGUUGCAACGCCGCUGCUGUUUGAGUUCCCCACAGACCAGAACACCUACGAGAUAGAUAAACAGUUCCUGUGGGGGAAGAGUUUGCUGGUGACGCCAGUGCUGGAGCCAGGAGUGGACUAUGUGGCCGGCUAUUUCCCCAAAGGCUUGUGGUACGAUUACUACACGGGAGACUCUUUGGUCAGUGCUGGGGAAGAAAUUAAGCUUCAGGCUCCUCUGGACAAAAUCAACCUUCACCUGAGGGAAGGCAGCAUUAUACCCACACAGAGGCCCAACACCACUCUCUGGGUGAGCAGUGGGCAGCCGAUGCAUCUCAUUGGUGCUCUGUCCGAGGGGGGCGUCGCCGAGGGUGACCUGUUCUGGGAUGAUGGGGAAACCAUGGCAACCUACGAAACCAACCAGUAUGCCUACAUCCGCUUCCGUGUUGAGAAGGGCACCAUGACCUCAGAGGUGCUGCAGGACAAUGUGGAGGCUAGCUACAUCACCGUGGAAACAGUCUCCUUCUAUGGCGUGAAGGCGAAACCAGAGAGAGUGACGGUGAACUUGCAAGACGCAGAAUUCAGCUACCGAACCAAUCAGGUUCUUACUGUGACCGAGUUGGGUCUGAACUUGGGUAAGAACUUCACCAUCAGCUGGAUGUAGACCUCCCCCCACUCCUGCAGCUCCAAGAUCUGGGAAUUCUGGGAAUUCUGUCAAGGAAUCUGGGAAUUCUGUCGUGGGACGGAAGGGAUCUGGGAUUUCAUUUGGGAAUUAUGUCGUGGGGACAGGACGGAAGAGGGAUUCCCCCCCGCAUCUUACCGAGCUGAGCAUUGUCCAAUCAGAGAGCUCUCUGACGUGUCACAUGACACAAGACUAUUUGUAUAGCUUGUGAAGGCCCUGAGGUGUACCGCAACACUGGCACCUCUGAUGGGCCUCAAUUGUGUGUGUGUGUGUGUGUGUGUGUGUGUGUGUGUGUGUGUGUGUGUGUGUGUGCGUGUGUGCUCCUCUGAUGGUUCUCCUGCUGUAUCAUACAAGGAAACGUGCAAUACUGUGUGUGCGCGUACAUACAUGUGUGAGUGUGUGAAUGCGCAAUCACCCAACCUCAUCAGCUGUACAGGAAUGUGUGGGUCCAUCGCUAAUGAAGUGUGUGUGUGUGUGUGUCUUUGUGAGGGAGAGUGUGUGUGUGUGUGUGUGUGUGUGUCCAUCGCUACGGAGCUAAAUUGCACUAAUUAUGACGCUUGAUGGUAGUGACGAUAGGCCAACCUGCCAAAGUGUGUGUGUGUGUGUGUGUGUGUGUGUGUGUGUGUGUGUGUGUGUGUGUGUGUGUGUGUGUGUGUGUGUGUGUGUGUGUGUGUGUGUGUGUGUGUGUGUGUGUGAGAGCGCGUGUGCCUGCCAUGCCAAUGGUCCCAAAAUGUUGCCCAUGUUUACAUGUCCAUUCUUGUUUUUAAAACAUCGCCCUUCAUUCAAGCAAAGGACACAAUUACCAACACAACACCAACACAACACCAACACAUGCAGUUGUUUUUUGCCGUUCAUGAAUAAUUAAGCAGCCUAAUCUCCAAAUGGCGCGCGUGCGUGCGUGCGUGCGUCAUUGAUGAUGUACCUGCGCUGACCUAGAUUGAGCUGCUUGGCCUUUGCCUUCAUCUGUUUGUGUUUCUGCUAAGCUAAUGAAUGAUCUGUUUUAAUAAAGACUACUGCACAG